ACCGCGGCCUGGCUGCACCGAGUCGGGGCGCGGCUGUGCCCCGGGCAGGCUCCGUUCGCCUCCCGCUCCUUCCCUAGUCAUUCCGCCGCCUCGGUCCCCCACGUUCCCCGAGGGGCUCUCAGCGCCUCCGAUCCCUGGACCAAAGACCACUUGGUUGUGUAACGUUUACGGUUUCUUGAAAAGUGGAAACAAGUUUUCUCUCCCGGUCUUGUAGCAACAGGUUCGGAGCUUGCUACAAUGUUUCCAUCCCACGUAGAGACCAGUAGCCCUGAUGCACAUGAAAGGCUGACGUGAGGGAAGGAACCCCGGCCACCCUUUCCCGGAGGGCCCAGCCCCAGGAGCGAGGGAGCCUUGGGGACAUGUGCCGUGUGGCGCUGGCUCCGGGUGACCGUCGUCCUGCACUAGGGCGGUGGGCGUCCCACCGUCUCAAAAUCCCCGUGCACAGAAUGCCCCACAAGAUCGGAUUCGUCGUGGUCAGCUCGUCUGGGCACGAAGACGGCUUCAGCGCCCGAGAACUAAUGAUCCACGCCCCGACCGUCAGCGGGUGGAGGUCACCAAGGUUCUGCCAGUUCCCACAGGAGAUCGUCGUGCAGAUGGUGGAGCGAUGCCGCGUGAGGAAGCUGCAGCUGCUGGCCCACCAGUACCUGAUCCCCAGCAAGGUGGAGUUUUACGUCAGCGAGAGCCUGCCCGAGUACUUCACGCCCUGCCAGGCCGAGCGCUUUCGCAGACUCGGCUAUGUUUCCCUCUGCGACAACGAGAAGACAGGCUGCAAGGCCCGCGAGCUGAAGUCAGUGUAUGUGGACGCAGUGGGGCAGUUUCUGAAGCUGAUUUUUCACCAGAACCACCCCAACAAAUACAACGUCUACAAUCAGGUCGCUCUGGUUGCGAUAAACAUCAUUGGAGACCCUGUGGACUUCGGUGAUGAAAGCAACAUUACCUCUAGGGAGAAGCUGAUUGACCAUUACCUGGGGCACCACACGGAGGACCCAGCCCUGGAAGGAACCUGCACUGGGAAAUCUGACUACAUUUCCCCACUGGAUGACUUAGCUUUUGAUAUGUACCAAGACCCAGAAGUUGCACAGAUUAUUCGCAAAUUAGAUGAGAGAAAGCGCGAAGCCGUCCAGCAGGAGCGCUAUGACCACGCCAAGAAGCUGAAACAAGCAAUCGCAGACUUGCAGAAGGUUGGGGAGCGGCUGGGGCGCUACGAGGUGGAGAAGCGCUGUGCCGUGGAGAAGGAGGACUACGACCUGGCCAAGCACAGGAAGCGGCAGAUGGAGCAGUACCGCGCCCGGGUGUACGCGCAGCUGGAGCUGCACAGCCUCCUGGACGCCGACCUGAUGCGAAGGCCUUUUGAUCUGCCGCUCCAGCCCCUCACUCAUUCGGGCAGCCCUCGCCACCAACUGCCAGUGCUGCCACCGCCACAAGAGGAAAGGGUGACAGAAAACCAGUGUGCAGACCCCUGCCUUCAGGAAAAGCCCCCGUCACAGCCCCUGGACAUGUCCCCUCCGCACGGCACUGCCGACCAGCUGCUGCCCCCCACACACCCUCGUCUCAAGACCCAUCUCGAGUCCCUGCCCUACGACGAGCGGCCUCUUCCCGCCAUCCACAAGCAGCCCGGGCCGACCGCUGUGGAGCCAGAAAAGAGCGACACGGACGACAGCGAGGCUCCCAGAGCAGGCGCUGCAGGCGAGCCGGAGCCCUUGGCGGAGAAGGCCCUGCGGGAAGCCGGCUCUGUCAUCGAAGUGCUGGGGGAGACCCUGGUGGCUGGGGCCUAUUCCAAGACCUGGUCGUACCGGGAAGACGCCCUGCUCACCCUGUACCAACAGCUGAUGGAGACGCCUGUCGGGACCCCAAAGGAGGACCUGAAGAGUGUGCUGAGAGCGUCUGUCUUUCUCAUCAGAAGAUCCAUCCGAGACAUCGUGACCCCAGUCUUCCAGGCCUCUCUGAAGCUGUUGAAAAUGAUAAUCACACAGUUUGUGCCUAAGCAUAGGCUUAGCAAGCUGGAGACGGCUCACUGUGUGGAAAGAACUCUCCCCGCUCUGCUCGCGAGAACGGGAGACUCCUCUGCUCGUCUGCGGGCGGCGGCUUCAAACUUCAUCCAGGAGAUGGCCCUGUGUAAGGAGGUGAAGUCUCUCCAGGUGAUCCCGUCUCACUUGGUGCAGCCACUGAAGGCCAAUGCUUCUGCGCACCUGGCCAUGAGUCAGAUGGACCUGCUGGCCCGGCUGCUGAAAGACCUGGGCACCGACGGCACGGGCUUCACCGUGGAUAACGUGAUGAAGUUCGCAGUGCGCGCCCUGGAGCACAGGGUGCCCGAGGUCCGGGAGACGGCGGUCAGGGUGAUCCUGGACGUGUACAGGGAGCACCGGGCGCUCGCGCUGGAGCACCUGCCUCCUGACGACAGCGCCGCACGCAAAAGCCUGCUCUUCAAAACCAUUUUUGAGGGGUUUGCUAAAAUAGAUGGCCGACCCACAGACACAGAAAUCAGGGCACAGAACAAAGCGGCUACAGAAGAAGCGGAAAAACGAAAGAAAGAAGAAAUUAAAGUUUUACAAGGGCAGCUGGCAGCACUGAAGGAAAUGCAGGCUCAAGUCCAGGAAAAAGAAAGUGAGGCUGGGAAGGCAGAGAGUCUGGACGCUGACGGAAGGAGCGCAGCCCCACCGGGUGCUCCUGAAGUUCCCGAGAACCCCUACCUGGACAACCUGUGCAUCUUCUGCGGAGAGAGGAGCGCCGCCUUCACGGAGGAGGGCCUGGACCUGCACUACUGGAAGCAGUGCCUCAUGCUGACCAGAUGUGGCCACUGCAGGCAGGUGGUUGAAAUAUCCAGUCUGACAGAGCACCUGCUGACAGAAUGCGACAAAAAGGAUGGGUUUGGAAAGUGCUACCGCUGCAGCGAGGCCAUCCCCAAGGAGGAGCUGCCUGGGCACCUCAAAGCAAAGGACUGUGACCCUGCCAAGCCAGAGAAGCUGGCCAACCGGUGCCCUCUGUGCCAUGAGAACUUCGCCCCUGGAGAGGAGGCGUGGAAAGCUCAUCUGAUGGGCCCCAUGGGCUGCGUGAUGAACCUGCGUAGGACGCAUGUGCUGCACAAGGCUCCGGCUCCGCCACAAGGCAAAGGCCCAGCCACAGCCAAGGCUGGGGCCUCGGUGACGAAGGCUGGAAGCAAGAUCCCCACCCCGAAGGGUGGCCUGAGUAGGAGCUCUGGCAGGACCUACACGAAGCGAUGACACGACAGCCACCCCUGGACUCCGUGCCAACAGAGCAGGUGUCCUGAUUGUGAAUGCGUCUCCUGAGAGUAUCUGCGGCCUGGUGGCCCUGCUCCCCCCACUGUCCCACUCGGCUCCGUGUGUGGGGCUGACCAAGGCAGUGGCCCCGAGCUGGGACCUGCCCUCCUUCCCGUUCCCAGCCGUCAGGUGUCUGACUUUGUUGGCCUCGGGAGCCACAGACAGUAGCCGCGCUGUUGUAAGAGACCCCGAAACUGCUGCCCGGGGGAAGCUCACGGAAGCAGGUGCCAGGUCAGGGCAGCAGCAGCAUGUGGCGGGUGUUCCGCAGGCACAGCACCCUCUUCCCUUGUGGCGUGGGGUGAUCUCCGCAGACUUCACUGUGAACCUUUGUGUGUGGCCUGCCUCCUGCAGGAGCGUCGCAGGGCUGCGGUCACCGAGGGUCCGACAGGAGGGGGCGCUCGAACCCCCCGUGCCUUCUCCCGCAGCAGGCUCUGCAGAGCCUGUUUUCCUCUAUGGCUAGAAAUAAAGGAAACAGCAGUUACCCAGAACUGGUCCCCUCCAGCACCUCUGGUCUCGGCCUGUCGCCCUCCCUCUCAAAGCCGUGUUGGAGUUGGAGCUGUAAGGUCCCUUUUCUCAAACACUCCAUGUAAUACUUAAACCAAAACAUCACUUAAAGUGAUGAGACCAAACCUCAAAAUCCGGUCCCCUCCCCAGCCCCCUCCCCACGGAGGUGUCGACUUGCCUCUUCAGGGGCCGUGGGGAAAGCCUGUGUCUGUCUGCGAUCAGCUGGGCCAUGCCUGGUGUCUUGCUGUCCAGACCUGUGCCCCCCGGGUGCUCAGUCCACUGGAGACCCCGGGAAGCUGGCCCUCUCCAUCCCGUCCUCUGACCAGGGAAGGGUCCGCUGUCCGCUUCCUCCUGAGUGUCCCGGGGCCGGCUGUCAGUGUCAGGAGUGUGUGGAGUUGAUGAAAUUUGUACCACACAGUAGUGUAAAUGUUGCUAGUGCCCAGCCCUGUGACACGAGCGCCUAUAAACAAAUAGGUAUUUGAGCAGCACACCCCCGGCCGUGAGCGACCGUGGACUUGCACUAAUCAGUUGCUACUUCUGAUAAAUUAAUGACUCCUCCUAGGGUUGACUAGAAAUACUGAGCGAGACUGACCAACAGGGUUACCUUUACAAAAUGCUAAAAUAAGUAUGGAGAGACGAUGUAAAACUGCUCGACCUAGGGGCGUACAGACGUCAGGAUGAUCACAAAACAAUCCUCCUUGGCUUCUAAAAGGUGUUGGCCAUUUUCUAAUCCGCUUUUGAAGUACAAAGAAAACGCCUUUUAAAACACAAUGGGACUAACCAAGAAAUUUUUUCUCCAAAACUUAAAUGUUUUCUUAUUGUAACGUAAAAAUAUUUAGUUUUUAGUGACUGACAAAGUUGGGUGCAUUUGAAAGUUAGCGAUUAGCCUUGCCCUGGCCCGUGUGGUUGCUGGUUGGGCACUGUCCUGGGCUCCAAAAGGGUGGGUUCAAGGCCUGGUCAGGGCACAAGCCCCAGUUGUGGGCUCGAUCCCAGGGGCCAGCAAAUCACUGUUCCGCUCUCACAUUGAUGUUUCUCUCUCCCUCUCCCUUCCCCUCUAAAAACAUUUUUAAAAAUAAAAUUGGGUUAGUUUUGCUGGUUACAGAGGCAUCACGAGUUUGGUGAAAUGCUCCACGGCAGUGGUUUGUGGCUGUGAAAGCUUUACAGUGAUACACUAAUGAGGAACCAAUAAAGGGUGAAAACGCAAAGGGAACUAGGAGCUCUGUUGGCCACUGAUAAAUAUCUGCAUUGGGAACGGUAAUAGUUGAAUUCUUAUUCAUGAGUGUGUUGUAACUUAUUUUCAUAUUUCAGAAUUUUCUAAAAGAAUUACAUCUAUAAAUUGGCAUUAGAAUGAAAAUGUAAAUCCUCCUAAUGAAAAUUUGCAACUUUUUAAUGUUUUGACAGUUUUAUUUCAGGUUCCAGAGUUAUAAAAUAUGCGAAUAAUAUUUUUGUUGCUGUUUCCAGACUCAGUUAAUUCACCCUGAGAAUAUUCACAUUAAUAAAAAGAUCACUAAGUA